AUGUGUUGAAGGAGUGGAAAGCUUUGUCUUUUGCAUUUGGAUGGGCGAUUGGGCGGUCAUGGGUUUGAAUCCAGUACAAAAUUGGAAGUCUUCAGUCUCAAGUUCUCAACCGACCCAUUCUCUCUCCGACUACAAAUCUCCACCGGACGGCUGGACUGCCGCUUGGAUCUGCCGGACAGUACGACACCCCAAUUGCUCGAACAAAUCUUCAUCUUUCAUUGCUACUUUGUCAGUUCCGAUCAACACGGCUUCCUGCUCGUAGUAUAGUAUGGUGAGGUACCGAGGUUACCAAUCUUGACUUCGUCAUAUGCGAUUGCACGCCACCUGCUCGACGUUAUUUCGCUUUCAAUUCUUCGGGUUGGCCGCCCAAAACACAAAGAUCACAAAAUGGCGACGGCAAAGCUUAGGCAAUGUCUUACUCAUGUCCAUCUCUCUGCGCCGGCGCGCACUCUUUCUUCAUCCGCAGCGCUGGAAGAAUCGGUUAGUGCGGCUGUCGGAAGCAAGCGGUACGAGCGAAUUCCCGACAUUCUCGCCGCCUCCGAUCAGUCUCUCCAAAAGAACAACCCUUUCUCGUUCCUCUCGACCAUCCCGGAGAACGCGAGAAUCAGAGUCGUUCAUGGCAUUUUGCAGUCCUUUAUUCCCCUCCGGCCACGGUCUCGUCCUUCCAGGGCUUAUUCUCUUCUCCUUUCUUACACCCUACAGAGCUCUAACCCUCUCCCUAUAUCUCUUGCGAUUCUUCAACGCACUCUCCGUUCUGGGUGUGUUCCUCCCCCUCAAUCCCGCUUGCUCCUUUCCAACGCCUGGAUUAAACGCCGGAAGGAUCUGCUCUCCGUUGCUGAUAUACUGUCGGAGAUGAAGUUAAUCGGGUAUAACCCGGAUUCCGGAACUUGCAAUUACCUCAUUUCUUCUCUCUGCAAGGUGGACCAGUUGAAGGAAGCUGUUAAUGUGUUGCAUGGCAUGGGACAAGCCGGUUGUGUUCCUGAUUCGGACAGCUAUGGUUCUUUGAUUGCUGAGCUUUGUGAGCUCAGAAUGAUUGAUGAAGUUGCUGAGAAGGUGAGGGAAAUGGUGGUCACAGCCGGAUUGAACCCUAGGCAGGAUAUUUUGGUGAAAGUGUUGGCAGCAAUGCGGGCUAACAAGGAGAUAUGGAGAGCGGUUAAGAUGGUCGAGGCGCUUGAAGCCGAGGGAGUGUUUCUUGGAUUUGAGUGCUUUGAGCUGGUUUUAGAAGGUUGCAUAGAGUGCAAACAGUUUGUUUUAGCAGGGAAAGUUGUGAUGGAUAUGACAAAGAAGGGGUUCUUACCGUACAUUAAGGUAAGACAGAAGCUGGUUGAGGGUCUUGCUGGCAUUGGAGAAUGGGAGCUCGGAAAUGCUGUGAGGAAGAGAUUUGCUGAGCUAAAGUCAUAGUCUUGGCUGGUCGCUCAUUGGCAUAUAGGGAGCAUCAACUUCUUUCAUUGCAUCAUCAGAACUCAGAAGUCCUUUUUCAUGGUCCGUAUCACAAUUGCCCUUCUAUUUACAUUAAUUUAUGGCUUCAGGUAGACAUGUAGUGUGGUGUUUUCUGAUGAGGAUCAUAUACGGAGUAUAAGCCAGGAUGAGCAAGCUCACUUUGCUGAAGUGAAAAGCGUUCAUGUCUCAAAUGUUAAUACAUUUGAUGCAAAUAGUUUUUUAUUUUAUUAUCUUGAUUGAUUUGAUGAGUUGUCGUGCUUGACUUUAAGUGGUCUGACCCAAAAUACCAUAGAAUAAAAUGGACCAGAAGAUCAAGUAAAAACCAUAAGAAAUACAGGACAAGUUG